UCGGCAACAUCAACAUAGACGCUAAGUGUUCUUUGUACAUUUUCUAGUAAUUUUAAUUCACAAGAACGCAGUGAAAUUUCAAGGCUGGUUUUUUUCUUUGUUUCGCAAAAAAAUCAUGUCAACUGCAACGUUUCCAGUUGUUCAUGCGGGUUUCAAGGAUGUAUUGUCCAAUUGCUACAAAUCAAAUGAAGUCGAUGUGCUGAAAAGUCAUUUUGACAAUGCCAGUGGCAGUGGAAAUGACAAGAAAACCAUACUGGAUCAAGCGUUUCGCGAUGUAUUAUUAAGUGAAAAUGUGAUUGGAAAUACAGCGAAUGUUGAAGCGUUAAUCACAUUGUCGAUAGCGGCAUGUCGUCAAGAUAUCUGUACAUCAACCAUUCCCGUUGUAUUGAUGAGUGAUGUUUUUGAUACGGUGACGCUCGAUCAAUGCGAACGAUUAUUUAGCUAUGUGGAAAAUAAUGUAUCGGUUUGGAAGGAGAGUUGGUUUUUUGCCGCUUGCAAAAAUAAUUUACUUCGAAUGUGUAAUGAUUUGUUGAAGCGGUUUUCGCGUGCACAAAACACAGUAUUUUGUGGUCGAAUUUUACUUUUUUUGGCCACAUUCUUUCCAUUCUCCGAACGAUCCGGUUUGAAUAUCAUUUCGGAAUUCAAUUUGGAAAAUUUAACCGAAUUCGAUGUUGAUGCAAACGAUGAGGUUUUGGAUAGUGUACAAUCCGAAAAUAUUCAAGUUAAAAUUGACUACAAUUUAUAUACGAAAUUUUGGGCGCUACAAGAUUUUUACCGAAAUCCAAACCAAUGCUACGAUCCAAGCAAUUGGAAAAAAUUUUCAGGCCAUAUCGCAAGCGUUUUGUCAGCAUUUAGCAGUUUUAAAUUGGAAGAACAACGUGGAUCAGUACCAGUGGCCAAAUCAAAUGACGGCAUUAAAAUUGAAGAUCAACCCGAAGAUUUACAGCAUUUUUUCGCCAAAUUCCUUACGAAUCCAAAGCUACUUGCGUUACAAUUGUCUGAUGCCAAUUUCAGACGAUCAGUUUUGGUGCAAUGUUUGAUUCUAUUCCAGUAUCUUACCUCGACUGUCAAAUUUAAAUCUGAUUCACAAGUGCUGACAUCAUCACAAAAUGAAUUUGUUAAAGAAACUGAAGCAAAAGUGUAUCGAUUGCUAGAGGAAACUCCACCGAAUGGAAAGAAAUUCGCACAAACCGUACGACAUAUGCUAAAACGUGAAGAGCUAUGGAAUAAUUGGAAAAAUGAAGGUUGCAAAGAAUUUAAACGUCCCGAACCACCGGCCGAUGAUCAAAGUAAAAUACCAGCAAAAAAGCAACGACGAAAUUUAGGCGAUAUCAUUCAUGAUGCAACUAAACAAAAUAAAUUUUAUAUGGGCAACAGUGAAUUGACACGUUUAUGGAAUUUGUGCCCCGAUAAUUUGCAAGCGUGUCGUGGUGAGGAUCGAAAUUUUUUGCCACCAAUCGAUACAUAUUUGGAACAACCACCAAGUAAAACUGAUCCAUCGUAUGAAUGGCGUGCACUGAGACUGCUUGCCAGACAAUCGUCAUUGUUCUUUUCACUCACGCACGCACCAAUAUCGGAAUAUUUGGAAAAUGUACGGAAAAAAUUAAACGAAACAAAAUCAAAGCAUAAGCCAGAGACCGAAAAUAAAAUGGACACCGAUAAUGAUUUGAUGAUGGAAAAUCCACAAGAUGGCCUUGUCGAAGAAGAUUCAGAGCUUCAGUCAACCGAUCCACUCAUUUCGGAUGAUGCAAAUAUUCAUAAGAUUAUUACGGCAACCGAAGAUCAGAUGCGUGAAUUAUGCAUCAUUAUCGGCAACGAUUGGGAGAAACUCGGUGCCAAAUUAGGUUAUGGAACUGAUGAAAUAAAAUUCUUCCGAGAAUCGAAUGAAGGUCAAGAACGUUGUCGCUACAUGCUUCGCAUUUGGCUAGAAGACGAUACAAAUACUUUGGCUGACCUUGCUUAUACGUUAGAAGGCUUGAAAAUGAUAUCCGCUGCUGACUGCGUGAAACGUAUUUUGGAACCAGCCGACAAAAUGGAAGACAUUUCCGAAUAAAACUCUACCAUUUCAUUCUAACAAUUUCAUUUUGUUAUUCCAAACUACGAAACAAAAAAAAU